AUGAUCAGCGAGUUCUCGGCCGCCCUGCAAAACGCUGAAACACUCAAAGUCCGGAUCGGCCAAGGUGAGAUCGGAGAGAUGAUGGCGAGACUCGGCCGUAUCACCGCGAAUGAAGUGGCUACGCGCGAGCGGAUGAAACUGUCCAUCCCGUUCUUCGACAAGAUGGACAUCCCGCCGACGCCGCAGCCUGGCCCCUACUGGCAUCCCGCCGAGAAGGCGUUCCGCUACCUCACCGACAAGGAGCCGGUCGGCUCGAGCUACUCAUCUACCAAACAUCCCGAUGACGUGCCCACGGCCAAGGAGCAGCAGCUCGACGCGGUGCUGAAGUUCGGCGUCGACCAGAAGAACGGCCCGCCGAAGGCCAUCAGCCAGGAGCCGGUGAGCUCGAGCAUCCCAUCUACGCAGACUCCUGAUGAUCUGCCCACGGCAAAGGAGCAGCAGCUCGACGCGGUGCUGAAGUUCGGCGUCGACCAGAAGAACGGCCCGCCGAAGGCCAUCAGCCAGGAGCCGGUGAGCUCGAGCAUCCCAUCUACGCAGACUCCUGAUGAUCUGCCCACGGCAAAGGAGCAGCAGCUCGACGCGGUGCUGAAGUUCGGCGUCGACCAGAAGAACGGCCCGCCGAAGGCCAUCAGCCAGGAGCCGGUGAGCUCGAGCAUCCCAUCUACGCAGACUCCUGAUGAUCUGCCCACGGCAAAGGAGCAGCAGCUCGACGCGGUGCUGAAGUUCGGCGUCGACCAGAAGAACGGCCCGCCGAAGGCCAUCAGCCAGGAGCCGGUGAGCUCGAGCAUCCCAUCUACGCAGACUCCUGAUGAUCUGCCCACGGCAAAGGAGCAGCAGCUCGACGCGGUGCUGAAGUUCGGCGUCGACCAGAAGAACGGCCCGCCGAAGGCCAUCAGCCAGGAGCCGGUGAGCUCGAGCAUCCCAUCUACGCAGACUCCUGAUGAUCUGCCCACGGCAAAGGAUACGAGUCGAGUCAACGGCGUCCGGGCCUCGUUCGAGGACAACUUGGCCGACGAGGAGAGCGACACAAUUUCGACGGAUAUUUCCUUCCCGGAGAUCUUGGCCUACCGCUCGCCUGCAAACGCAUCGAGCGACGAGGAGCAUCGAUCACCUGUGACGCCCGACCCGAAUUCAAUGGACGAGGAGGAGCCGACCGAAGAGCCGAAACUGAAGUCCGAGCCGUGCUCCGAGACGCUUAUCGACUUUUUUGGAAGACCCGGGCUCGCCCGAGAUCUGAUGUCCCGCCUCCAGCGCCUCGAU